ACAACUCUUUAAAUUCCUUUGAUCCCACUUCUCGUACAUAAGUUUUCAUCGUCAUAAACAAUUUUCUACCAUAAAUUCACACACAAAAGAAAGAAUUUAGAUACGCACCAUUUCUAGUCUUAUUAUGGGUAUGGACAACUGGUCUCUGCUUAGCCGCCUCAAGAGGGCAGUAAGAAAGGUCAAGAUUAUCCUUAAUCUUGAUAUCAACCGGUGGCGUGUGGUGGCUUCUUUGAUCGGUGCUUCUCCGACCAAGCAUCGGUUUAGCUUCAAUGAAAGACCAGGGUUAAGGGAUUGUACGGUCUACACGGAAGAAUUAGAAGAUUCAUCAGUUUCAGGUAAUUCUUCAAUGGGAUUACACAGAACUGUUAGCUACCCAUCAGAAGAUGAUAUUGAUAAGAGAGCUGAAAUGUUCAUAGAAAAAUUUCGCCGGCAACUUCAGAUUGAGAGGCAGAUUUCUUUGGAGCUCAAGUAUUUGCAGGGAAAUAGUAGCUUCAAAUUGAGAUCUCCAUGAAGAGACUGAUUGAAGUUUCUGGUGAUGGAGCCUAUGUUUUAUGAGAGGAUUUUCUAUUGCCGAUUUGUAAUUACAAUUAAUGGUUCUGCUUUUUUCUGCUGGGACUUGGAUUCACUGCAAAGAAAUGAAGCAUGGAAGAAAGAUGGAAUUACAGGGUUUUAUGCUUUUGCCAAUCAAAUCAAUUAUUUUCUUUUUUUCAGAAAAUUACAUAUUUUCUGUGAAUCAUUUUUAUCUAAACAAUGGUGAAAUAUUGUAUUUUGGGUUUUUUUUUUUAUUUUUUAAUAAUUCUUUUUUGUUUUGAUGUGAUUAAGGUCAGAUUGUGGGAUUGUUUCAUAUGUGACCCAUUUAUGGGAGGGUUGAUUCUUUACUAUUUGUAUUCUUUUAUUCUUUAAUUAGUGUAUGCUUAAUGCAUUGUAUAGAUGAGAAAAAACAGAAAUAUAAUAUGUAAAAUUUGGUUUGUUUAUAUAA